AUGUCAUCUCCUGUUGGUGCUGCCGCUGAUCCAGUUCAUCUGAGUGCUGCCGAGUUAAUUAAUGAACAUGUUAAUCUCAUCGCUCAGGGCGACGUUGCUCGUUGGCGCUCAUCUAUUUUUGCAGUCAAUGGCGUCUGGGAACUUCCUUAUGGCGCAUCCUGUGGUAUGCCAACUAAACUAAUCGGCUUGGAUGCAAUGGUGGAAGCCGUAGAACUGUUCAUAAAUGGCUGUGAAGGUAUGCAAUUUACUAGGCCAAAAGUAACUGUUGUUAGUCCUUCCGAAGCGUUUGCUGAAUAUGAGGUCACGUGCAAAGUUCUUGCCACACAAAAGACUUAUCAUCAGAAUUACAUCGUGUAUGCAAAGGCAGAACAGGGUAGACUUAUUCUUCUACGAGAAUACUUCGAUUCUGUUCGCCUUAUGGAGGCAUUCCAGUACACGCGAACAAUGCACAGUCCAAUUAAUUGA